UACAUAAGGAGCGCAACGGCGGGCGAGGCGCGCAGAAGGUUCUGGCAGUUGGAGCGGAUAGCGGGGUUGUUGCUGUUCGUGCGCGUAACGGUCGUCGCCGCUGGGGUUAUUGUUUUGCCAUGGCCCGUGGGAACCAGCGUGAACUUGCCCGCCAAAAGAACAUGAAGAAAAACCAAGAACUAAAUAAAGGAAAAAGAAAAGAGGAUACUUUGUCGGCUUCUCAAAGGAAACAGAGAGACUCCGAAAUUAUGCAGCAAAAGCAGAAAGCAGCUAAUGAGAAGAAAACUCUUCAGACAGGAGCAAAAUAAUCUGUGGCUGCAUGAAGGACCUAAUAAUGCUGCAGUGCAUCUCAGAAUAAUAGGGUCUAAGAAAAGACAUAUUUGUAAAAGUGACCAGCCAUUAAAUGGUUAAUGUUUAUCUUCUACAAGCUCAUUUGUCCAGUAUGCAUUUAUUUUAGAAUGUCUGAUUAGUAGAGUGCAUUUGCAACUGACUUGGCUUUAUCUGAAAUACUAGAAAUAGUUCCAGUAAAAUUGGAUUCAAAGUUCCCUUUGCAUGUCUACUAGUAAUGAUAGCAGUGGCUUGACUGCAAUUUUCAUUGUUAAGUGUUGGCUUGGUAAAUGGCUUGUGUGACUGUACCAGUUAUUAAAUAUGCAAAUAGACUGAGAAUCCUGUCUGGCAGCCCAACAGCAUUCAAAAAUGAUACCACUUUUAAAAGCCCAGGUCUCUGUUCUUGCUUUCCACUUUGUAAAGCUCAGCUGUAAAAUUAACCGUAAAUUAUUUUUACAAUAAAAUGUUGCAUGAA